AUGGCAUCAGGUGGUGUGAAGACUGACAUGGAGCGUCUGGGAGUCUUUAAAGAGAUGAGCUACAUUUCUGUCGGAGACAAGUACAAUCCAUCCUCCAACCGUCCCUUCAAUGAGUCAGCCUAUCGUAACCGGCAGAUGCAGGCAGGAGUGGCCAAACAACGAUGUGCUCUGCAGAACGGAUUUUUUGAAAAGUCCUUCAAACGGGUAUUUGAGCGUGAAGCACUGAAUGACCCGCUGCGACUGGCCCGACAGAGCCGCAUCCAACAGGCCAAAAAGAACCUGGGCAAGGCCUUUCUGCCCUGUAACGGGGUCAAGAAGCCCUGUGGUUCAGGUAGUUACUAUGGGACUCUGUCCGGACCGGUUGAAGCCAUGAGUCCACAGUCAGUCCCCCGGAAAGCCCAACGUGCUCCUGGACGCAACAUCGUCACUUCACCUCCCAAGAAAGGCAGUGGUUACAGCUAUCCCAAUGUGACACUGUCCAAAAUUGAGCUGUAUGCCUCGGACCCUUACAACAGAGCCAAAGAAGCACUGAAGAAAGAGGCAGUAAUCCAUCGCUCCAAGGUCAGAGAUGGUCCCUUCAAACUCAACCUUCAUCCCAGAGAUUAUUUCCAAGGCAAUCCAUACCGCAGUGACAAGCCACUCCCACCAGCAAACAAGCCCCUCCCAGCUACACAGAAGGUCUCUGUAGUCCCCUUUAAACCAACGUCCCCCAGCAAAAAGAUUGGAGGAAUGAAAGCGGGAACAUUUGACGCUUAUCCCUCACACUCUGCUGAUCCAUAUGUCGUUCGCCGUUCCAAAUCGACCAGUCACGAGCCGAUCUUCCGUCCAGCUCCUGGUCCUAAGAGCAUACCUGUCAAGAGUAUCAUCACAGUCAAUGUUAACAGGAGUGUUCACUCUGCAAACUACACCUCAACCAUUCCAACUGUGAUGACCCUCUGACUCCAUUAC